AUGCAAUUCCAAGGCUUUUGGUUGUGUUUGAGUCUUCUGCUGUUUACCUCAGUAAAAGCUGAAUUGCAGGAGGAAGAUGUUGAAAUGGAGGAUUUUGAAGAAAGUUCAGAAGAAAUUAUGACCAAUGAAGAUAACGUCCCCCCUGAGGUUAAAUACAAGACACCACAACCUAUAGGAGAAGUAUAUUUCACUGAAACCUUUGAUAAUGGAAUAUUGACUGGGUGGGUGUUAUCCAAAGCAAAGAAAGAAGACACUGAUGAGAACAUUGCUAAAUAUGAUGGAAGAUGGGAAAUAGAAGAUUUGAAAGAAAAUAGAGUGCCAGGUGACAGAGGCCUAGUUUUGAAAUCACAAGCAAAGCAUCAUGCAAUAUCAGCUCUUUUAUCAAAACCAUUUAUUUUUGCAGAUAAACCUUUGAUAGUUCAAUACGAAGUAAAUUUUCAAAAUGGUAUGGAUUGUGGCGGUGCAUACAUUAAGCUUCUAACAGAAAAUGAUUAUUUGAAUCUGGAAAAUUUCUUUGAUAAAACACCCUAUACUAUUAUGUUUGGACCAGAUAAAUGUGGAGAAGAGCAUAAACUUCAUUUUAUCUUUAGAUAUAAGCAUCCUAAAACUGAAGUUUUUGAAGAGAAGCAUGCUAAAGUUCCAAAUGUAGACUUGAAAAAGUUUUUCACUGAUAAGAAGACACAUCUCUAUACACUUGUGAUGAGCCCAGAUAAUACAUUUGAAGUGUAUAUUGACCAAGUGAUUAUAAACCAGGGGAGCCUUUUAGAGGACGUGGAACCUCCAAUCAACCCUCCUAAAGAAAUUGAAGAUCCUAAUGACAAAAAACCUGAUGACUGGGAUGAUAGACUAGAAAUCCCUGAUAAUACUUCUGUUAAACCAGAAGAUUGGGAUGAAAGUCAGCCUUCUCAAAUAGCAGAUCCUGAUGCUUUUAAACCUGUGGGCUGGCUUGAUGAUGAACCAGAAUAUAUUGCAGAUCCUAAUGCUGAAAAACCUCCAGACUGGAAUGAAAACAUGGAUGGCAAAUGGGAAGCCCCUCGUAUUCCUAAUCCAGCAUGUGAGAUUGGAUGUGGACAUUGGCAGCCUCCCAUGAUUGACAAUCCAAAAUACAGAGGAAAAUGGGAACCUCCAAUGAUUGAUAACCCCAACUAUCAGGGAGAAUGGACCCCUCGAAAAAUUCCAAAUCCAGAUUAUUUUGAGGAUAGGAAUCCAUUUCUUCUGACUUCUUUUAGUGCUCUUGGCUUAGAAUUGUGGUCUAUGACAUCUGACAUCUACUUCGAUAAUUUUAUCAUCUGUUCAGAUAAGGAAAUAGCAGAUCAUUGGGCUGAAGAUAGUUGGAUGGUGAAAAAAAUGGUAGCAAGGGCUAAUGAGCCUGGUGUAUUCACUCAGUUGCUGACUGCUGCUGAAGAGCGGUGGUGGCUUUGGAUCAUUUAUGCCUUGACAGCAGGGCUGCCUUUAGUACUGAUUACUUUAUUUUGUUGGCCAAGAAAGGUAACACAACAGGAUUUCUUUUCAUAUGAAGAUGCAGAAUACAAAAAAACUGGUAUACAUAAGCCACAAACAAAGGGAGCACUAGAACAAGAAGUGAAAGAGGAGAAGGCAGCCCUAGAAAAUGUUGCAGACCUAGAAGAGGAAAAAGAAAAUCAAGAUGAUGGUGAAAUGGAAAAAGAGGAAGAAGAUGAGACUGAAGAAAAGAGUGAAGGAGAAAAUGAAACUAUAGAAGGGCAAGAAGAAGGCAAUAAAUCUGGAUCAGAAGAUGAGAUGAAAGAAGCGGAUGAAAGUACAGGGUCUGGAGAUGGGCCAGUAAAAUCAGUACGUAAAAGAAGAGUAAGAAAAGACUGA